CCUCCCUUACUCCUUCACGCCGUCACUGCCUGCGAGGAUUUGAUUGUGAGCUGUAUGGCUGCAGGAUGUGGAUUUCUGCGCGUGCACCGACGCUUUGUACUGCCACCCUGAUUGCUGCUUUGACCUUUAGGAGGGAAUGCUGGACAGGGAGGGAGCUUAAUGAGUUUGUAGGCUGUAAUAGCUCGGCUCUAUCUAAGGAAUCAUCCAUCUACAUGAGCUCCAUAAUUAGCUGGUAAAGUCCAGCUCUGUGCUUCGAUCUAUUCAUCUACGGACUGUAUGUGGGAGAGAAGAUGGAUAAGCAAAAAAAAAAAAUAAAUAAAAAUAAACCCCCCCAACGAUUUUAGAUAAUAAAGUGCAUCAAUAAUCGGCAUGGCAGAACAGUCUGGUAAUCACUCCAGAAAACGACGAAAAGGCUUUCUUGCAGUAUAACUCACAUGCAAGUCUGAGUUUGUUGACAGGUGUUCUCCCUCUUGGGAGCACUAAUCUCCUGGCUUCCUCUUCUUCUUCCUUUGUGUUUGUCCAUCACUGAUGUGGCUUACUGCAGCAGGCAUGCACAGACUCUCAAGACAAACCAGAGGCAUGUUUAUGCGAAACUCAAUGACAUGCAGAGGCGAUCAGUGAGAAUCUGUAUGCAAAGCGCCGAUGUGAUUCCCAUCAUGCGUUGAAUGACAUAUCCAUCAUUUUCAUGUAAGGUAGAGGAUAUGAAAAGCAUACUUUGCAGGGGCAUAAGGGGGAGAAAACAUACUUCGUGCACUGGCAGUGUGUGGUUAGUUCUGCUUGUUGAUGAUAUGGAAAUGUUUCUCUGUGAAACAAUAAAGCAGCCAAUCCGGAAUCCGCUCCUGGUUUUUCCUGCCUGCUCAUCGCAGCGUAUACCUUCCCUGACUCUCAGCACUCCAGCAUUGCUGUGCAAGCAGAUGUUCCGUCCUCCGCUGCCAAUUCUUACAAUUUUCGCAUUUCGGAGAAGGUACUCUUCCGCGCGAGCGCUGCAAAAGUGACCAAAGAAAAGGAGAAGAAGAAAGAAAAAAAGAGGAGAAAACCCCUCCUUCCCCACGACAGAAGCUGCCUCUCUCUUCACUUCAGCUGGAAGGCGAGGAGGACUUGUGAGCGGAAUUUGGAUAGAUACAGUACAGGGGGGCUACAGUAAAAGACCCGCGGCAGUUUCCUCCACCACACCUGUGAUGCGUUGUUCCGAGCAACGGAGGCGCGCGACUGGGAUGCUGAUGGCACGGCGCGAGGCGUGCUGAAGGAAAAACUUGUCACAGAGGACACUCUCCGGACGACAAAAGACAAAACAAGAAAAAAAGACGCGUGUCGGCUCUCCGUUUCCCAAACUUAAGUGAUUAAACCCACGAAGAUGCCCUUACCUCCGCCGGGCCCCUUUGUCCGCUGCAGGUGGAGCGCCGCCGUCCUCGUGCUCUGGCUUGUUGGCUUCACGUGCACCGCUGGUUCGGAGUAUGCUGCCACAGCAGCACUUCCUGCUGCUUUCUCAGACCGCUUACCUCACUUCCUGGUGGAACCAGAGGACAAAUACAUUGUGAAAAACAAGCCAGUGACUCUGACCUGCCGCUCGACUCCAGCCACACAGAUCUACUUCAAGUGCAACGGGGAGUGGGUGCACCAAGACGACCACUACAUCGAGCACAGCGUAGAUCCGGCCACAGGCCUGCCCGUCAUGUGGGUGACGAUUGACAUCACCAGACAGCAGGUGGAGAAAAUCUUCGGCCUGGAUGAGUACUGGUGUCAGUGUGUCGCCUGGAGCACAACCGGAACCCAAAAGAGCCAGAAGGCGUACAUCAGGAUUGCUUACCUGAGGAAGAACUUUGAAGAGGAGCCGCAAAGCAAAGAGGUGGCGAUGGACCAAGAGGUGUCACUGCGCUGCCACCCCCCCGAGGGAGUGCCACCAGCUGAGGUGGAGUGGCAGCGAAACGAGGAUUUGGUCGACCCAGCAGCCGACCCCAAUUUUGUCAUCACGGCCGAUCAUAAUCUUGUCAUCAAAGCCGCCCGUCUGGCAGACACAGGCAACUACACCUGCGUGGCCAAAAACAUCGUCGCUCGGCGCAAAAGCAACUCCGCCACCGUCCUGGUUUUUGUCAACGGCGGCUGGUCCACGUGGACCACCUGGUCGUCCUGCAGCGCUGUGUGUGGGCGUGGCUGGCAGAAGAGGAGUCGCAGCUGCACCAACCCCACGCCACUGAACGGAGGCACAUCCUGUGAGGGGCAGAACGUGCAGAAAAGUGCCUGCGUGGCCACCUGUCCAGUGGACGGAGGGUGGAGCGAGUGGAGCAAGUGGUCGGCGUGUGCCGCAGACUGUUCGAUGUGGAGGAGCAGGGAGUGCACCCAGCCUUCACCCGGAACCGGCGGCAAAGACUGCCAGGGACUCGACCUCCAAUCUUUAAACUGUACCAGUGAGCAGUGCCCACAGACGGUCCGUGGGGCUGAGGAUGUGGCGCUCUAUGUGGGCAUGGUGGCGGUGGUCCUGUGUCUGACUCUGCUGCUCAUCGUGGUCGUCCUGGUGUACAGACGCAAGAAAGAAGGCCUUGAUGCUGACGUGGCGGACUCCUCCAUCCUCACCACUGGCUUCCAGCCCAUGGGCAUCAAGCCCAGCAAGCCAGGUGUGUGGGCACCGCGGCCACGCAGGCCUCCCCACCGCAAGAACUCUCAUUUGCUCACCAUUCAGCCUGAUCUGACUACCACCACCACCAGUUACCAGGGCACGCUGCGCUCCCGCCACGAUGCAACGGCUAAGUUUUCCAUGACCAACGGGCCUCUGCUGGACCCGCUUCCCAACGGCUCUCACACCUUGCACAAUGGCAAGCUCAACCCAGAUCCUGCAGAGUUCGUCAGCAGGUUUUCCACUCAGAGCUACUUUAAAACUCUCCCCCGUGAUGUGGCAAACACCUCCUACGGCACAUUCAACUUCCUAGGCGGGAGGCUGACGAUUCCCAACACAGGAAUCAGCCUGCUCAUCCCUCCGGAGGCCAUCCCCAGAGGAAAGAUCUACGAGAUUUAUCUCACUGUUCAGAGGAAAGAAGAUUUAAGGUUACCCCUGGCCGGCUGCCAGACCCUCCUCAGCCCCGUGGUGAGUUGUGGUCCUCCAGGGGUGGUCCUGAGCCGGCCGGUUAUCCUCAGCAUGGACCACUGCUUCGACGCAUGCCUCGAUAACUGGGCUGUUCGCCUCAAGAAGCAGAGCUACGAGGGCACUUGGGAGGAUGUCUUACUGAUGGGGGAGGAGCUGGUGUCGGAGCCGUUUUACUGCCAGCUGGAGGCCGAGACGUGCCGGCUGUUCUCGGAGCAGCUGGGUACAUUUGCCGUGGUCGGAGAGUCGCUGCACAUGGGCGCCGCGAAGCGCCUCCGGCUCGUGCUCUUCUCCGAUGCUUACUGCUCCACGCUGGAGUACAACAUCAGGGUGUACUGCAUGGACGACACACAGGACGUGUUCAAGGAGGUGAUGCAGAUGGAGCGGCAGCUCGGGGGUCGCCUGAUUGAUGAGCCUCACGUCCUGCUUUUCAAAGACAGUUACCACAACCUGCGCCUGUCCAUCCAUGACAUGCCCCAGGCGCACUGGAGGAGCAAGCUGCUCGCCGGCUACCAGGAGAUCCCGUUCUACCACAUCUGGAACGGUUCCCAGCGGUACCUGCACUGCACGUUCACUCUGGAGCGGCUCAGCCUCAGCACCUGUGAGCUCACCUGCCAGCUGUGCGUGUGGCAGGUGGAAGGCGAGGGCCAGAGCUUCAGCCUGGACUUUAACAUUGCCAAGGACACUCGAGCAGUGGACUCAGAGUUUCUAGUAAUGGACAGCAACGCCACGGCUCUAGCAGGACCCAGCGCCUUUCAGAUCCCGUACCUCAUCCGGCAGAAGAUCUGCAGCAGCCUGGACGCCCCCUGUCCCAACGGAGCAGACUGGAGGAUGCUAGCACAAAGACUUAAACUUGAGAGACACAUGAGUUUCUUUGCAUCCAAAGCGAGCCCCACCUCUGUGAUCCUGGACUUGUGGGAGGUGCAACAUUUCCACAGCGGCAACAUCAACCAGCUGGCCGCCGUCAUGGCCGACAUUGGCAAGCAGGAAGCCAUGAUUUUCCUGGUGUCCGAUGGCGACUGCUAACCCAGAAGAGAGACUGAUGGGAGAGAAGUGCGGCGCGCGAACAUACACUCAUAACAGCAGGAGGCGGGGCUAAAGAUGCUCCUCCUCUUUACAUUUAUAUUUGGGCAGUGGGGGGUUUAAUCCAUCAAUUUAGGUUCAAAUCUGACCCUAAUUCUUCAGACAAAUGUGUUUGUGGAAGCUGUUACCUUUAGUUGAGUGGGAGUAAUAUGCAAAAUGCAGCGCCACAGCUCACGUCGGAUGUUGCAAAUCCAUCCUGAGUUCAGAAAGUGUUGUUCCAUCCGAAGUGCCAGCGGAUGGCAGCCGGCCCGUCAUCUCCCGCUUGUUUGUCCGUGCAGGUCCGAACUGAUUGUGCGUCUCCUCCAGUCGGCGGUGCUUUUCGGUCCGGUCGGCAUCACUGCUGUGAAUGUAACAUCUUGACAUCUUGAUUCGGCGAGACGCUUCACAGCUUUCCCUGCUUCUAAAUCAAUAUUUGUGAGGUCUGGGCUCUCUGAACCCUUCUGUCUAAGAGAGGAGGGAAUAAUAUUGUAUUUUCACCUCACAUUUCAGCGUGGAGCCUCUGAUUGGGAUCCAUCAGGAGGUUUGUGUUCCCCUCAUCGUUCAUCACGCUCUGUUCUGGUCAGACUUACAGCUAAUGAAGGAGCCAUAGUGCCGAAAGGCGUUCUAGCUGCAUAUAUGUGAACACUGAAUGUCGUCUCGUUUCUAAAAAUGACUUUUCUCUUUUUUUUAUUCCUUUUUUGCCCCGUUAUUGCAUUAAUUCUCCAGUAUAGGAAAAUGGCCAAAAGGGUUAUUUUAGCAUAUGAAUAAUGCAGAGCACUUUGCCGCUGAAAAUCUGACAACAAAUUCUUCACAAUCUUAAUGAAUCCUCGCACUGAAAGGGUAAUUGUGCAGCUUUGUUUAUAUCAUUUAUGAAGCAAUGUCGGUGGGGAUUCAACAUUUCCACAUCAGGAAGAAGCCCCUCACUUAGAUAAAGUGGCGUUUUCAUAAACUCUGUUGUUGCUGAUGCCGUUUUAUUUGGCUUUUUUUAUUAUUACUUCAAACCCAGACAGCAAAUAUGAUCCAGGCAACGAUCCAUUAGCCGCAGCUCCGCUCAUUAUAUUUUUACUGCGUUACGUUUUCACAGUAAUUCCUUAGUAAUGGAUCUGUCAAAGCGGGCAGCGUAAAGAGAGUUUGAUUAAAGCCCACUGGGUCAGCAGUGUAUUUGGUGAUGGUGUGAGCAAUCCCUAACUAGCCAUAGUUGUGUGUCUGCCUCAGGGUUGCAUGUGAAGUCGUCUGCCUAAAAAGAAAAGCCCUUUUCACACAAUCUGUUCAGUUUUUUGACAGCUGGAAGAGUCCAUUCUGUCAUUUGUUUCCCCCCUCCAACCUUUAAGAUGAAGUGGAGCCUCGUUUAUGAUUGUCAGAUAUUUGGAAUGUAGGGUUUCCUUUAGUGGGGAAAAAGACCUUUUUUUUUACUUUGACUUCUGCAGGUUUUGAUAGUUUGUAGAUUCCUACAUGGCAUCUUAGCAGAAUUCAUUCUCUGAAACAUGCGUUCCAGUUUUCUACAGAUGCCAUGAAAUCAAAUCGUCACCUUUUUAUCUGAGGAAACGAUUCCCCCAAAUCCUCGCCACAUAAAUGUAAAUAUGUUUUUCUAUCUCAGCGAUGUGCUGUUACUUUGCAUAUUGUAUAUGGGCAGAAAUGGGUAACCAAAGUUUUCGGAACCUCCUUUGAGUCCACGACACCUUUGUGUUGAUGAACGCGUCGUUUCAUCGCCGUUUUUACGAACCGUUUAGGGUAGCGUGAGUCAUCGCCGUCGUCUGAAAGUCCGACUCGUUUCUCAUUUUUGUCCUGGAGUAUCCAUGCUGUCAGCAGUUUUUAUUUCAAACACUUUGUAAACAAAUGUAAAUUAUAUUUUAAUAUGAAGCCAAAAAAAGACACUUAAGUGGCGCAGCAUUUGUCAAGUCUAAACCGUGACGUGUUUGCCUAUAUACUGUUCUUUGGCGAUCUAGCAGUGAUUUGCAGUGUUAAGGGUUUAAAGGCUGUUUCUCUUUUGUUUUUGAUCCAGAAGUUUCUCUACACGUUCUGUUCGUCCUGCCUGAUCAUUUCCAGAAUUGUAAGCAUUUAAGUGACGCUCAGUGCACCGGAGGAGGAAGACAUCAGUUGUUGGACAUGCCCGUGUUGACACAGCAUGUUCAGUCAGAUGGUGCGAGACGUUUUAUCGCCGCCGUCUUUUGUCUUUGACGUGAUGUAGUUCCACCGGGACGGAUCAGACUCCUCCUCCUCCUCCGGCAGGUUCUGCGAUGCCUCAGUGACUUCUGGAUUCGAUGGUUUCCGUGUGCAGCUCAUGUCAGUAACACGCGUGCUUUCUUUAAGGGUUUAUGGUGUCAGUUCACUCUGUGUUAUGAGGAAAAAAUGAUGCAUCCCAGCACUGUACUCUGUGUCACUCAUUAGGAGGCUGUGCGCAUAUUUCAGUUCGUGUGUGUGUAUUUGUGUGUGUGUGUGAGGCUGGGCGUGUGCAUCCCUCCCUGUCACUGACGGAACUGUUUUCUUUCGGAACUGAGAACAAUAGACUCCUGUGCUUGUAAAUGGUUUUCUAUUCGGUUCUUUGGUUCUAUGUUCCUUGCCUUUCUGCAAGUCAAAAAUGCUGUAUUUAUUACACGCCACAGCGCUUAUGCAAUUGUAUAUUCAUUCUGUUGUUUUCUUUGUUUGACCUUUUCUUUUGGUUUGUUUUGUUUCUUAUCGUCAAUGUAAAUGGUUGUCAAAAUUUUUUGUGGCGACGGAAAAAAAAGAAACUUCGGAGGGAAGUUUUUCUGUACUUUUUGGACAAUGAUAUGAAUUUGUGGGUAGAAUUUUGGAAAUUCGUUUCUAAGUGCUUUCAAGUAUUUACUUGGCCUUAUGUAUAUAUAUCUAUGACAUUUCAGAAAGGUAUGUAUAGUAAUUCAAUCCAAAAUUGUUGUAAAUAAAUUAUAUAUUGCUAAAAUUGAGGACUGGAGUCUUUAAUUGCAAAAAGAACAUAAAAUGUUGAAGAUUUUCACAUUUAAAAGCACUUUAACCAAUUUUUUUUUUUUUUUAUCUAAAAAUCUGCUAAAUCAUCUUUACUGAACAAAUUUUAGAGUUUUUUACAAUUUAUUUUGUGCAUUCACUUAAAUGCCAUAAGCUAACUUGUUUAAGUCUUUAUAAAAUAAAAAAAAACUUUAAAUAGCACCAUCUAGGGGUGAAGUGAUAAAAUGCAACCAACUAAACAGGAAUCCAAUUUGUGUACUACCCCAAAAAAUAGAUAAAAUGUGUUUUUGUUUUCCUUUAAAAAAAAAAGAGUUUCUUCAGUCUGUGUUGCAGGUUAAAGGGUUUUAUUUGAAACUUUCAACAUACAAGCGACAGAAAAUAAAAUCACUUUGAUGAAAAUGAGUGAUGUGGAAAAUACAUAAUAAUCUUUACUCCCCGUGUUUUUGACCUAUAUUUAUCUGAACAAGAACACGAGAUGGAAGAGCAGAAAGAAAUCGUGAGGUUUUGUCAACGUUUCAACGAUAAUGUUCUGCUAAACCGGCCUUGUUGUGGGCGGAGCCUUUCAGGAUCUUCUCUGCACUCAGUACUGAAGUUUAUAGCUGAAAUUUGUCCACUGCUUGGUGGAAAAACAAAAAAGUACUUUUUUUUUUUAAAGAA